CUGGUGAAUUAUCAAUUAAUAAAAUUUUCCAGUAACGUCGCUAAAGCACUUUCCCCGGCAUGAAGUACUCUGCGUUCGCAAUUGUCGUCCUUUGUUACCUGAGUGUCCUAACAAAGGCUGAGCAACUAUAUACUGUGAAAAUGGAAGACGCCGAAUGUUUCAAUGGCUUCAAGGAGACCAUCUUUCGUUGUGAUUUGAAAAUCGUUGGGCGAAAACGCCUACUCAAUGGCACAAUGACAUUCGGCGAGGAUAUGGCUAGCGAUCACUUUAAAUACCAAAUAGAGAUAUUUAACGCACCACUCGGCGUUAAUCAGUUCAAGCGAUUGCCUAUGGGUGUGCCGCGCACCCCUAUUUGUGAGGGUUUUAGAGCCUAUUACGGCGAUAUUCUGCAGCCGUCGUUUAUUCACGGGGAAAAUACCGAUCUGCCUUAUAUGCCAGAGGAAGGUCUUUGCCCCUUCCCAAAAGGUGAAUACUGGUUAAAGAAUUUGCUGCUUAACACAGGCGCUUGGCCAAAUCAAUUACCGCGUGGUCUUGUAAAAGCAGUGUUAACGUUUUUCAAAGAUGAGGUAGAUGUUGGAGGCGGUUCAGUAACUGUGCGUGUCGAAGAUCGUGAAUGA